AUGGCCGUUAUGGGAGCAAUGGGGCUGCACUGGGUGCUGAUGCCGCUGCUGCUGCUGAGCUCGUCGGUGCUGGCCCAGGUCACCGUCCCGCUGCAGCUGCCCAAGAACGCCACCGGAGAGGGGGAGGUGUCCUACGUCCUGCGGAUCGAGGGGAGGCCGUACACCGUCCGCCUGCAGCAGCAUGCCUUUCUGUCUGAUGAUUUCAGGAUUUACGUGUCUAACGAGAAGGGACCUUUGCGCUCCGAUUCCAGCCUUUUCAAGGGCAGCUGCUACUACCGGGGGUACGUCGAGGGCUUCCCCAGCUCGGCAGUGACCCUCAGCACCUGCUCGGGGCUACGGGGUUUCCUGCAGUUUGAGAACGUCAGCUACGGGAUUGAGCCCCUGGAUUACUCCCCUGCCUUCGAGCACUUUGUGUAUCGAAUGAGCGAUGAGAAGCCGGCCGGAUCCCUCCUGGCCACCAGCCUCCCCGGGAGCGAGCCAGACGGGCUGACAGAGCCCCUCUCAGCUAAAGCGCGAUCUCCCAAGUACUUCAAAGUGUACGUAGUUAUGGACAAGGCUUUGUACAAGUACAUGGGUUCAGACACGGGUGCUGCAAUGCAGAAGAUAAUCCAGGUCUUCAAUUUAGUCAACAACAUGUUUAAUCCUCUGAAUGUCACCAUUGUGCUCUCCUCCCUGGAGCUGUGGAAGGAGGAGAACAAAAUAUCGACGGCAGAGGAGGCCGACGUCCUUCUACAGCGAUUUUUACAGUGGAAACAGCUCCAUCUGGCUCAGCAGUCAUACGACGUAGCUUAUCUAUUAGUGUACAGGGACCGAGCAGAGUUCGUGGGCGCCGUGGCGCUGGGGGAGGCGUGUCAGAGGGACGCUGCUGCCGCUGUGGCCGUGUACCAGGACGCCGUGACACUGGAGUCCUUCUCCGUCCUCCUGGCCCAGCUCCUGGCACACAGCCUGGGCAUAAACUACGACGACCCCCAAAAAUGCCACUGCCCCAGGAACGUCUGCAUCAUGAGCCCGGAGGCACUAGGUCUCAGUGGGGCAAAAGCCUUCAGCAGCUGCAGCGUCAGGGACUUUGAGACCUUCCUGCGGCGCGGCGGAGGCACCUGCCUGUUCCACCAGCCCCGCUUGACCGGACAGUCCUACCGGCGCGCGCCCGUCUGCGGCAACGGCGUGGUGGAGCGGGGCGAGCAGUGCGACUGCGGCGUGGACGAGGAAUGCUUGAAGGAUAAAUGUUGCUCUGAAAGAUGUCAGCUUAAGCCAGGAGCGAAAUGUUCCUCUGGAUUAUGUUGUAAGAAAUGUCAGUUCAAGAGGAAGAACUCGCCGUGCCGCCCCGCCGCCGACGCGCAGUGUGACCUGGCCGAGUUCUGCAACGGGUCCUCCGCCUCCUGCCCCCCCGACCUCUACGUGCAGGACGGGCACAGCUGCGAGCGCGGCACCGGCUACUGCUACCGGGGACACUGCCAGUCCCCCGACCUGCAGUGCCAGACGCUCUACGGCAGAGGUUCAAAAAACGCUCCUAUGGCUUGUUACGAGGAAGUCAAUAGCCAGCAGGACAGGUUUGGACACUGCGGGGUCAGGAACAUCGGACGGUACAAACCCUGUGCCAGGAGGAAUCUCAGGUGUGGGAAGCUGAUCUGCACGUACCCGCACAGCACUCCCUUGGCAUCCACCGCCGCCGCCGUCCUCUACGUCCAAGUGCACAAGCAUUUGUGUGUCUCUAUGGAUUAUUUCAACGCUCUGGAAAGGCUGGAUCCUCUUCUGGUUCCACCAGGUACCAAGUGCGGUUCUGGAAAGGUGUGUAUAAAUGGCACUUGUCACCCGCGCUCGGCCCUGGGGUACAGAUGUGACAGCAACGUGCAGUGCCACGGCCACGGCGUGUGCAACAACAAGGGCCGCUGCCACUGCCAGCCCGGCUGGCAGCCCCCCAACUGCCUGAAGAAGGGGUCCCACAUGGGGGGGAGCACUGACAGCAGCAUCGAGGUGAAGGACUAUGGCCUCCCGCCGCGAGGGAGGAAGAAGGCGACGAAGGUCUGGACGGUGCUGGGCUCCUGCCUCCCCCUGCUCCUCCUCGCCGGGGCCGUCUGCCUCGUCCUGUGGCAUCGGGGCUGGCACUGCGGGCAGCAGGCCCACAGCACGGACAGCUCCGACGAGGAGGAGAGCAGCGACCCCCUGGAGCCGGAGCCGGAGCCCGGGCUGGACCCGACCCCGGCCCCGCACCGGGAGCCGGAGAUGAUGGAGAUGGAGAUGGGGCCGUGGCCGGGGGCGCGCUGCGAGUGCUAA